UUUUUUUUUUUUUCUUCCUUUCUUUCUUUUUAUUUUAACAUAUUGUUAAACAUUUAAAUAAUCUAUUUGAAUUAACAUUUACCACAUUCUAUUUUAUUAUGUUUAACCAAAACCAAUCGGUCUUUUCAGGAAGAACCAAUAUUCCUACACCAACUCAUCGUUCAGUAUUUGCUGAUUACCUUCAACAGCAGCAGCAGCAACAACAACAACAACAUCAACAACAACAACAUCAGCAGCAGCAGCAACAGCAACAUUCUGCACCAACUCAACAACAAAUUAACGCAACAAACUCAUUUUAUGAAUAUUUUGGUAGUAGACCUUCUCAGCAAUCAGGAAGAGGGAAGAUAUCAACUUUUAAUCGCAAUCAACUAAAUAAGAAUGAAAAGAAACCAAUUAGCCUUUUAAGACAAGUUUCAGAAGUGACUAAACAAACAACAGGAAGACUAGGUCCACGUCGUAAACAAAAACUUUCUGAUGUACAAGAAGAAAGCUCUUCUUCAAGCAAAAUCUUGCCUGAAAUUGUAAAAAGACAACAACGCUUUAAUCCUAUGCAAUGAUACCAUGGAAGAAGCAGUCGCAAAUAAUAAUAGUCAUCGUAUAACAACAGUAGCUGAUCGUGCUGAACGAUUUGGAAAUAAUAAUUCUCAAAUGGCUAUCUAUCGCAAUGUUAGUAAUCCUCCUCUCUCCUCCCUCCCUUCCAAUACUAUUUUUUUUUAUCCUCUUAACAUAAAAUAU